GAUUUUUACAUAUUGUAUAAUUUCGAAACAAUUAGUUUAGUUUAUUUAUAUCCCGAUAACAUAUGUUUACUUUUCUAAAUAACCGGGUUUUAAUUUCACCUUAAAAUCAAACCUAAAAAUUCGGGUAACUUGACACUUGAUUAGUGUCAAAACGUAUUCUUUUCGAAUUUCCCCAACAAAUCAACUCGGCUUAUUGUGCAAUAAUUAUAAUCUUAAAUAUAAAUUUGUUUCAAAAUCACCAACAUAUUCAGUGAUUAUAAUAAUUAAUCGAUUAUUCUUUUUGAUUGAAUAAUAUAAAAUAAAAAAUACGAUGGGGGUUGUAAGAGAACGAAAAUCGAAUGCUUGUAGUUGUAAUUCAAACCAAAAUCAGGAAGAAAUUGAAUCAAUUGUUAAUUCCACCUCGGAAAGCGAAGAUGAUACUCCUUUGAUUAUAUUAAGAACGGUUAGACGAGUUCGUGUAUUAAAAAUAGACGAACCAGCUCCAAAGAGAAACACAGGAAAAAGAAAGACUCAAAGAUAUUUUAACAAAAAAAACUUGGAGACAUUAAUCAAUGAUGAUGAGUACGAAGACAAUUUGUUGGAGUAUCGCAAAACACCCUUCGAAAGACUCAUGGAAAUUGAAGAAAAUCCGCUGGAUUUUUUAAACAAGUUCUUAUUAGAACUAGAAGAGGAAGAAAAUGAUGAAAAUUAUCAUCAAAGAAAACACGAUGAUGAUCCCUACAUGAGAAUUUCCCACAAAAUUAGAAGAUCAAUGAAACUUCGCAAAAAUUUCCCAUCCAUGAAUAACAAGGAAAUAGAAAACGAUUUGAUUGGAUUCUUUAAAGAAAAACCUUACGAUAUUUUUAUUAAAUUACCCUUGAACAGCUUCGAAAGGCUUUUUAUGCACGCACUUGCUCAAUAUCAUGGCCUUGAUUCAAAAAAUCGGAAUGAAAACGAACAAAUGCUAAUCCAAAUCAGCAAUAAUAAACAAAUUUGGAUGCCUGUUGAUUGCAAUUUAUGUGAUUUACUUGAAAAAAGAUCGUGACAACAAUUAUAGAUUUAAUUUUUUUGUUUGUGUGACUUAAUUUAUAUGGUGUGUUUGAUUUGUAAUCACUACUCUUUGGAUAUAUCACAAAAUGUUGCUUCACAGUUAAUAUUUCAUUAUUUACUAUAUUCUAAAAAGCAAUUUAGUAUCAAAUAUGUUUAUAGAAUGUGCCCAAUGUUAUUAUGUAUUAUAAAACUGUAAAAAAAAUUAAAUAGAUCGCGAAAUAUAUCCGCUACGAAUGA